AGAAUGACUCGUUUUGUUUCUUUUUUUCCCUUUCUUAGAGAAGCUGUUUGGAUCGGAUUCGUCAUGGUCUCCAAGGAGUGAGUGCGGUGUCACAAAGGUCCUAUGCUGAUCAAGUUGAUGCCGAUGUCACAGUUAUUGGCUCUGGUCCUGGAGGAUAUGUUGCUGCUAUCAAAGCAGCUCAGCUUGGAUUUAAGACUGUCUGUGUAGAGAAAAAUGCAACGUUAGGUGGAACCUGUUUGAAUGUUGGAUGUAUUCCAUCCAAGGCCUUGCUGAACAACUCCUAUCUGUAUCACUUGGCCCAUGGAAAAGAUUUUGCUAAUAGAGGAAUUGAAAUUACAGGAAUCAGUUUGAAUCUAGAGAAGAUGAUGGAGCAGAAGAGUGGUGCAGUGAAGGCCUUAACAGGUGGAAUUGCUCAUUUAUUUAAACAAAACAAGGUUGUACAUGUAUCUGGGUUUGGAAAGAUAACUGGCAAAAACCAAGUCACUGCAACCAAAGAAGAUGGCAGCACACAAGUUAUCAACACAAAGAACAUACUUAUAGCCACAGGCUCAGAAGUUGCUCCCUUCCCUGGAAUUACUAUUGAUGAAGAUAACAUUGUGUCAUCCACUGGUGCACUGUCACUGAAAAAGGUUCCUGAAAAGAUGGUUGUCAUCGGUGCAGGAGUCAUUGGUGUGGAACUGGGUUCAGUCUGGCAGCGCCUCGGUGCUGAUGUGACAGCUGUGGAGUUCAUGGGCCAUGUUGGUGGGAUGGGAAUUGACAUGGAGAUCUCUAAAAACUUCCAACGUAUCCUGCAGAAGCAGGGAUUUAAAUUCAAACUGAACACCAAAGUUACUGGGGCUACCAAGAGACCAGAUGGAAAAAUCGACGUAGCUGUUGAAGCUGCUGCUGGUGGGAAGGCAGAAGUGAUAACUUGUGAUGUGCUCCUGGUUUGCAUCGGUAGACGUCCUUUUACAAAGAACCUAGGGCUGGAGGAUAUUGGCAUUGAACUGGAUAAGAAGGGGAGAAUCCCAGUCAACAACAGAUUCCAAACAAAAAUUCCAAACAUCUAUGCUAUUGGUGAUGUAGUUGCUGGUCCCAUGCUGGCCCACAAAGCUGAGGAUGAAGGCAUUCUUUGUGUGGAAGGCAUGGCUGGGGGAGCAGUUCACAUUGACUAUAACUGUGUGCCCUCUGUGAUAUAUACUCACCCUGAAGUGGCCUGGGUUGGCAAAUCAGAAGAACAGCUGAAAGAAGAGGGUGUAGAAUACAAAAUUGGGAAGUUUCCCUUCGCUGCAAACAGUAGAGCAAAGACAAAUGCUGACACAGAUGGGAUGGUGAAGAUACUCAGUCAAAAGGCAACAGACAGGAUGUUGGGUGCUCACAUUUUAGGCUCAGGAGCUGGUGAAAUGGUUAAUGAAGCUGCUCUUGCUAUGGAAUAUGGAGCAUCAUGUGAAGAUGUAGCCAGAGUGUGCCAUGCCCAUCCAACAGUGUCAGAAGCCUUCAGGGAAGCAAACCUAGCAGCAUCUUUUGGCAAAGCUAUCAACUUCUAAACUGAAAGAGCAAAUCUUUGUACGUGUAUAAUACAGCUCUGAAAACGGACUACGGGCCCUUAUGGAAGGCUGAGUCUGAGGAUUUUAGGACUGAAUUAACAUCAGAUGUUUAAACAAGUAGUUUGGAACAAGUGGAAUUAUCCAGUCUCUGUAAAUUCAAUGCUUAAAUGUUUAUUAUUUACAUGAUGAAUGUUGCAGAAAAGCAGCCUGACACCUCUUCUCUUUUUCAAAACCAAACCUUUUGCUGCUGCAUGGGAUUAUCAGGUGUGCUGGUCAGAUCUCUGGAUCAGUGUCCAGCAGACCUUGUGUUUUUCUUAUUUGAA